UAACUAACCCCAUGCCAGGCUGGAUCACCCAACAUGCAUGUUAAAUCUCAUUAAUACUUUCUAACUGAAUAGAAGCAAGUUCCGCUAAUCAUCUUGCAACUUUAAGAGUAGGUCCUACCAAAGUGAUUACAGGCUGUUAAAGAAGCAAAUGAAGGUGUCCAAGCAUGACAGGGGCUAGACUGUAGACUGAAGAUUCAUUGAUGACGUGUUAUGGCUGACGGUAUCCCGUUUCUGAUUCUGUACGAAUGUCUUCUGAUAUAAUUCUCAAAGAAGACAUGGCAAAGACCAGCUGCCUUGUCAGUGGUGGCUCAUCAUAAUGUCUUUACCCAACAUUUCUUCUCCAUCAGUGGUUUGUAACAUUCUUAUUUUGGCAUCUGGCAAGGUAAAGUGUACAAACCACCAGAUAAAAAAGAAGAUCCUGAAAUUGAAUGUUGUCAUAGUCUAUCCAAUCAAAAUUUACAGCUGUUUUGCAAAAGUGCGGUUGUCUUCUUAGAGACAUCAAGUUUUGGGGAGAGCCCUAAGUCAUAAAACAAGUAGGUGGGGCUAAAGGGUGGAAAUUUAUCUUUUGUGAACUUUCUCCUUUGUUUAUAUUAACAAAUUAUUUAUUUGGUCGUUUUAUCCUUUGCUAGAUUUUAUCAUCCAAACCUCAGCAUCAUCUACUAAAAUUGGGGCUUUAGCUUUGCAGCUUUACUGGCUGCAAUCUCUGCCCCAUGUACUUCCAACUAAUGAGUGUGUGUCGUUUAUUGCCCACGUGACCCUAAUCCUGUCAUCAUUUGCCAACAGAGCAGAGAUUACCGGGGCCCUUGUAUCCCCAUAGAAGAAUGCUGUGUUUGCAAUUGAGGAGCAGUUGGGUAUGGGCAUGUAAUGUGACCUGUGUGUCAGUGCUAGGAUUGAAUAAAAUAAUGGAGCCUGCGCAUAGAUUGGGAAGAUUCCUUUGCACGUUCUUUUACUCCGGUUAGGGAUUUUGUCCCACAACUAGCAAUUUGAUGACAUUUUUUAAUAUAGAAGGUUGCAAGAUGUAGUGUCUGGGACUCCAGAAAGCUGCACAGUAAUAAAGAGAACUAAACUCCCUUUGUGCAGAAGCCCCAUCAUCUGCCCUCCAUUGCCCCCCUCCCUCCAAAUACCUCCUUCCCCACACAGUCUAUUACACAGAGUAGUGCACCUAUUUGCAAGCCUGAGAUAACAAUGUAGAGCAGUGAUGUUCCCAGGUGCCAGCUUCUGCCCAUUCUGAUCCUCUUCAGGUCUUGUAGUGGCAAAUUCAAAUUACCAGGACUCUAAAGAUUCAGUCGAAGCAAGUGGACGGUCAACCAGUAAGGAAGAACUGCCCCGAUUGUUGGCAUAUAACAGCAUUUUAUGUUUCUAACAAGGAUAUGGUAAGAUAUUACAGAAUCAUCCUUACAUUUCGUAACCAUUAAUCACCUUAUUUACCUGUCUUACCCUCGGUGGAAUCUAUAUGACUUAGGGGUAUAUUUAUACUACUGUAUUUGAAGCAGUUUGUUUAGCAAAUGCAGACGUGGGAAUUACUUAAGCAAAAGGAGGCACUUUUCUAUGUAAUAAACUGCAGGGAGGGAGAGGUGAGGGGGCUUAUGGAGGACAUUUGUACAAGCAUCCUUCCUACACAACUGCUAUUCAUUUAGACCUUUAAACUUCUCAAAGGGGGGAAAGAGGUGCUUCAUAUGUUCAUAUCUCAAAAUUGGGUGUUGAGUGGUUAAACCACCAAAAGAGAAAAACUUGCCUCGGGCAUAGGGCACCAGAAUGUUCCUUACCCUUAGUGCAUCAUGGUCUACCACCUUUAGUGCUUUGCUGCCAUUGAAAAUGCAACUUCAGUGUUAAUUGGGCAAUACCUAUUUCUGCCACUGUUAUAUUAUGUAAUAUGAGAAAAACCUUCAUGGCAACCAUCUUUCUUGAUGGUCCAGUAAACCUUUCCUGAACUUGGUCCUUUUUGGGAGCUUAACCAUGGUCUUGUCUUUUGGAUAGCACUAUCCUGACUAAUGUCCUCCCGCUUUAACCAGGGAACCUUCUGUUCUUAUCAGUGGACAGUGCUAGUACUAGUAGAACACUGCCUACACUGCACAUUUUCAACCAGUUGACUUCUAGCUCUAAUACAGUGGUUCCUAAGCUGUGGGCCGGCCACCUGGGGGUCCUGGAACAGUGGCUGUGGGAGGCUCAUCCUGAAGGCCAGUUAGGCUUCUGUUUGAGGAUGAUGCCUAUUUGCUCUACUAGAUGCUCCUAAAAUCUUAGCAUGAAGGUCAAGCAGAGUGGGAUGUGGGAGCCCUAUAUAUAGUUGGUUCCAUGGCUUAGGCUUUUUCAUAAGGGCAUCAUAGCAAUAUUUGCUCAUUAAAGUAAAUGGAAAUUAUUUUUGUGUUACAAGAAAUAAUUGUGAUAUUUCUAAGAAAUAUAUUUCAAAUAUGACUGUAACUGCUGCACUGAAGACGGGGGAAUCAAAAUCCAUUUAAAAUGUGUAGGGCCUGGGGCCAAAAUAAAUUGAUCAAUUAUUGAUGUUACAGACAGCAUGAUGGGGCCAAAAUAAAGAAGGCAGAUGUAAUUGAAACAAAAUAUUUUCCCUCUACAUGCUCCGCCUCUCUCUCAGUGCAAGGAAACUCCUCUCUCGUGCAGUCCUAGACUUCAUACUAACAGUGUUUGCUCCCUUCCCUGAAGAACUCAAUCAUCUGACUUCUUUCUCUUUAUUCUGGAAUAUGGAGCCAGCCAUUUAUCCAAACAAGCCGAAUCUGCCACCUCCAGUGUUUGGAAUGCCCCAGGGCAAUGAUCAUCAAAACACCCAGUUAAUUGAUAUCCAGAAUGUGUGCAGUGAAGUGACCCAGUCCACUGUCAUAACAGCAGGAGAGAUUGACCCUCCUGUUAGAGAUCACUUGGUAUGGUCCAUCUUUAACACGGCAUACAUGAAUUUCUGCUGCCUGGGUUUCCUGGCUCUGGUCUUUUCUGUCAAGUCUCGGGAUUGUAAGAAUGCUGGAAACAAAGAAAGGGCAAUGAGUUAUGCGUCCACAGCCCGUGGGUUGAACAUCGCCGCCACCAUAUUGUCCAUCCUCAUAGUUAUAAUACAAAUUAUUGUCCUGGUGGUUUAUUUAUGUACACGCAGAUGAUGAUUCCUUAGCCAGGUUCCUCAGUUGGUAAUAAAGCCAGAUGGGAUGAUGCGGUUCUGUACCCACUUUUCUACAAGUGCUACCUUCUUACUCCUUCUCCGAGGCCACAAAUAGACAUAGACCUUUAUAGUAUAACCAAUGUUAUUGCUUCCCGCUCCUUGUAGUUCUGAUGUAGAAUGGGCUAGACUCUGUUCUGUGAACAAUGAUAUACUUUUAUAUUAAAGAAUGCUUUUGUAUUAUA